AGACAGACGUUCACAGGGUUUUGUGAGGAAGAAGAGGAAGAAGAGGGGCCUCGUUCCCAGUGUCACUGCCGGACAAACAUCUGCAAAUAUUUUCCCCUAAAACUGCAGAGUCGCCUCCCCGCCCAUAAAGGACUGUCCUCGUCCUCGUUGUUUUUGUUGUUGUUUUCCCUUCCCCUCCCUGCCGGCGAGGAUGGAGAAGUACGAGAAGAUCGGGAAGAUUGGCGAGGGCUCGUACGGCGUCGUCUUCAAGUGCAGGAACAAGGACAACGGCCAGAUCGUGGCCAUCAAGAAGUUCGUGGAGUCGGAGGACGAUCCCGUCAUCAAGAAGAUCGCGCUGAGGGAGAUCCGGAUGCUCAAGCAACUGAAACACGCCAACCUGGUGAACCUGAUCGAGGUGUUUCGCCGCAAACGGAAGCUUCACCUGGUGUUCGAGUACUGCGACCACACUGUCCUCCACGAGCUGGACCGCCAUCCCGCAGGCGUCCCGGAGCAUCUGGUCAGAAGUAUAACCUGGCAAACUCUUCAAGCCGUCAACUUCUGUCACAAACAACACUGCAUCCACCGGGACGUGAAGCCGGAGAACAUCCUCAUCACCAAACACCAGGUCAUCAAGCUCUGCGACUUCGGCUUCGCCAGGAUCCUCACCGGGCCCAGCGACUACUACACGGACUACGUGGCGACCCGCUGGUACCGGGCCCCCGAGCUGCUGGUGGGGGACACCCAGUACGGGGCCCCGGUGGACGUGUGGGCGGUCGGGUGUGUGUUCGCCGAGCUGCUGUCGGGGAUCCCGCUGUGGCCCGGCAAGUCGGACAUGGACCAGCUGUUCCUGAUCCGGAGGACUCUGGGAGAUCUGACCCCCCGGCACCAGCAGGUCUUCAGCAGCAACCAGUUCUUCUGCGGUCUGUCCAUCCCGGAGCCUCCGGAGAUGGAACCUCUGGAGCAGAAGUAUCCCAACGCCUCGCAGCAGACUCUGAGCCUGAUGAAGGGCUGCCUCCGCAUGGACCCGGCGGAGCGUCUGAGCUGCGAGCAGCUGCUGCAGCAUCCGUACUUCCUCAGCCUGAGGGAGAAGAGCGACGCCCGGGAGCAGGAUCGCCCCGGCAACAGGAGGUCCCGGUUACCGCGGAGACACCUGCCUCCCGGGUAUCUGCCCCAGCUCACCAGCAGCAGCUUCCUGCCCGCCCUGGACGGAAACAAGUUCCACAACCUGCGCAAGUUCAACUACCACCUGCCCAACAUCUGAACGCCCUGACUCCGAUCCCGCCCCGGGUCCUGACCCGAGUCCUCUAUGCACGCCCUCUCGCCCCGUCCUGAUUGGUAGAUGAGACAAGGAGCCCGAGCGGCUCUGCUUCCCCCAGUACCUGAACCUGAACCCGGUUUGCCAAAUGUGUUUUUCUAUUCCCGCGACGGACUCUUAGAGCGACGGAUCUGGACAGUUAGACGUAGGAACUUCACGGAUCUGGA